CACUCUUCUUCACUUGACUCUACAGCAAAGGCGAGGUUUAAGGUUUGGGGAACAGGUCCAGGAAGCUGCGCCAACUGAUAAGACAGAAAACAUAUGAGGCUUUAAAGUGGGACAGACAUUUUGACAUACUUCUCUCCUUGAAUCGUGUGAGAAAAGUGAAAAUUCAGUCGUCGGUCCAACAUCCGAAUAUCUGUCUGUUGGUGCCUGUUGGUGCUGAAUGGUUGUGGCAGUACACACCCUAAACUCCUGGAUAUGGCAGGUCUCUCUGCUCUCAAGAUCCUGCUGCUCUGGGCUGGGAUGAUUGGUUUCGGCAAAUGUCAGACUGAAAAAGCCACUCCUGCCUCAUCCAUAAGCAGCAACCAAACCUCCUCUCCAAACCAGAUUUCAAAUUCAGUCAGCGCCACACAAGCCACACCCUCAGGACUAGAACCAAGCUCCUCACCUCCAACCACAAACAGAAACUCUUCUUUGGUAUCUGUAACCUCACCUACAACCAUCACGGCAGCAACCGCUGCUGUGACAACUGCCCACAAACCCCCACUCAACCUGUCAACACUCGCUCCAGUCUCUGAGUCGUGUUUUUACACAGUAGAUUCCAUCCAGUAUGGCUUUCAGAUCAACAUUUUAGACUCACCUACUGGAAUGUACAACAUUACCCUGAAUGAAGAAGGUCAACAAAUAGAAAAAAGCACUCCCUCAUCGGUUAAUCACACCAGUCCCAACUCAUCACAUAUACAGAUACAACUGAAGCCCUGCACCAAAUACGAACAUCAUGUGAGUUUUUUUAAGGCUGGGAAGGAAAUUUCCUGCAACAGCACAGGAACUGCAACUAGUACUAACACAGUUGCUGAAAAAGACAUUAAAGAAGUCAACACUUGCACAAUCGGACACCUUUGUUAUGAAACUGGAUGGAACGUCAAGUCUUUCAGCUCAGAACCUGGGUUUUCAUAUUGUCUGCCAAGUAGACAAAACAUAUACUGUGUCAAACCAAGUUUGGAUGAUAUCUGCUCCAACUUUACUAUAAACUGGAGAUCACAAACCUGCCAUUCGACCUUUCCCUUCUACAAGCUCAUCACUCUUGAUUUCCUCAAUCCAAGUGAUAUAAAUCAGAUGAUUCCAACUUCAAUCCCUGCGACAAUUGAUGCAAAGUUGCCCCCAAAGUGUGAAGACGUGUCCAUUGAAUAUAAAUGUCGGGAACCGGGCAGAGGAAAUUGGUCUCAGGCUUUGAAGGAACUGGAGCCCUACAAGAACUACGAAUGUAUUGGUCACAUCAGACAGUACAACAAAACAAUCAAAGAGACGCCUCCCCUUAACUUCACGGUUAAAUGUGAAAUUACUAUAAAGAUCAACCAUAUGCCAUCAGCUGAGUCUGUUCAUCUGAGCUGGAACACGAUCAUCAGGAACUGUGAAGACAACGAAAGGUUUUCAUACUCCUGCUCCUGUAAGCAGCCUGGUCAGGAACCAGUACCAGGUCAACUCAGGUCAGGUCAAAAAGACUGUACAAUCUCUGGCUUAAAACCUUUCACCACUUACACCUGUUCGGUCCAACCCAAAUACAAUGGAAGGGAAAUACCCACACGAACUGAAGUCAACGGGACAACUCUGGCUGGAUACCCUGAUAAAGUUAAAAAUGUGCAGUUGCAUCUCACAGCACACAAUGUGAUCACAGUGAACUGUGGCAGCCCCCAAGAGCAGAAUGGCCCACGUCUUGAAUACAUAGUAAAACUCAGUACCCCUUAUGGUAGUGAAAUAAAAACAUUGCAAAGCAGAACAUGUCUCUUUAUGUUCGACAACCUCGGAUAUCUCACCACCUACACGGUACAGGUGACUGCCUUCAACGGAUUCCAUAAGAGCUCACCUGUGACUGAAACGGUCAGCACCAGCUAUAAUGACAAGGCUGUCAUCGGUUUCCUCAUCUUUCUCAUUCUACUCGUGUCUGUGGCCCUUCUGGUUGUCUUCUACAAGAUCGUCGUCUUGAAGAGGAGGAAGUCCCAUGAUAUGAAUGAACACAUGGAGCUUAUUCAACCAGCAAAUGACGAGGAGAACCUGCUGCCUGUCGAGCCAAUCCCAGCAGAGGUGCUGCUGGAGGCCUACAAGAGAAAGCUGGCUGAUGAAGGACGACUUUUCCUGGAGGAGUUUCAGAGCAUCCCCAGAAUUUUCUCACGACACACAGUCAAAGACGCCAAAAAGACCUGCAAUGGCCCCAAGAACCGCUACGUCGACAUCUUGCCAUAUGAUUACAACCGGGUGCAGCUGACAACAGGAAGUGGCGAGGCUGGAAGUGACUACAUCAACGCCAGCUUCAUCGAUGGCUACAAGGAGCCAAAGAAGUACAUUGCAGCUCAAGGGCCCAAGGAUGAGACCGUUGGUGACUUCUGGAGGAUGAUCUGGGAACAGCAGACAUCCAUUAUUGUCAUGGUAACACAGUGUGAAGAAGGAAACAGGAUAAAGUGUGCCCAGUACUGGCCGUCUCCACAGAGAGAGACAGAGAUCUUUAAGGAGUUUGUGGUGAACUUGAAGUCAGAGGACCACUUUCCAGAUUACAUCAUCCGCCGCCUGAGUGUAAUAAACAAGAAGGAGAAGAGCUCGGAACGAGAAGUGACCCACAUCCAGUUCAAGAGUUGGCCAGACCAUGGUGUGCCAGAGGAGCCACAGCUUCUCCUGAAACUGAGACGGCGUGUCAACGCUUUCAAGAAUUUAUUCAGUGGCCCCAUCGUUGUUCAUUGCAGCGCUGGGGUGGGCAGAACAGGAACCUACACUGCCAUUGAUGCCAUGAUGGAGUGUCUGGAGGCAGAGGGGAGAGUGGACAUCUAUGGUUAUGUUGUCCAACUACGCAGACAGCGGUGUCUCAUGGUCCAAGUCGAGGCCCAGUACAUCCUGAUUCACCAGGCUCUGCUGGAGCACAACCAGUUUGGAGAGACGGAGAUCCCUGUGGCUGAGCUGCCCAGCACACUGAGUACACUGAGAGAGAAAAACUCUGAGAGUGAACUCACCCUGAUGGAGGAGGAGUACGAGAGACUCCCUUCUUUUAAAAAAUGGAGAACAUUCAACACUGGGAUUUCGGAGGAAAAUGAAGAGAAGAAUCGUUCCCUCACAGUCAUUCCAUACGACUACAACGGCGUGCUGCUGAAGCUGGACGAAGGCUGCAGUCACGAUAGUGACCAAAAUGUCCACAACUGCGAAGAUGACGAAGACUCGUCGGAUGAAGAUGACGAUGAAUGCAGCAAAUACAUUAACGCCUCCUACAUCAGCGGUUACUGGGGACAACAAGUCAUCAUUGCUGCACAGACUCCGCUUCCAAACACCAUCGGUGAUUUCUGGAGCAUGAUUUACCAGAAGAAAGUGUCGACGAUUGUCAUGCUGUCCGACUCUAGUGAGAAGGAUGAGGGCUCAGUUUACUGGGAGAAGAAAUGUGAGGACAUAGAGGUGGAGGUCACCAACAAAGAAACCACCGCAGCCGUAAUCAGCCGUAACAUGCUGCUGCGCCACACCAAGAGGUUAGACAGUCGGUCGGUCAGACAUCUCCAGUUCCUGCAGUUUGGUAACAAGGAUCUGCCAGAACGUCCUCAGGAGCUCAUCGACAUGAUCAAGGAAAUCAAGAAGAGUGGUGACAGAAGCAAACCACAGAAUAUUGUGGUUCACUGCAAUGACGGCUCUUCUCGUACGGGGGUCUUCUGUGCCCUGUGGAACCUCCUGGACAGCGCUAACACUGAGAAGCUGGUGGAUGUUUUCCAGGUGGUCAAAACUUUACGCAAGGAGAGACAGAACAUGAUCUUCAAACUGGAACAGUACCAGUUCUUGUAUGACGCUGUGCAGAGCACCUUCCCUGUCCAGAAUGGGGACGUGAAAGCAACCCCGGUUUCAGCGGCUGACUCCAUCCAGAUGAUGAAUGAAACCAAAGGGGCCAGCACCACCACCGUCAGUCAGCAGGAGGCAGCACCAGAGGCCAAGAGAGAGUCCAGUGGUCCCACAGAGACGUCAGACGUGGAGGACAGCUGUAAUGGUCCCGCUGUGAUCCUGGAGGUGUGAGGGUCGGUGCAGACACCAGUUUGCCUUUAACUGUGCUUCUUUUCUACGCUUCCUUUUUUUUUUUAUAUCUGUCUUGAAUGUAGAAAUGUUGUAAAGCUUUCUACACACUGUGAUGCAAGAGUUUUGGUCAAGGUUUUUAUGUCACACAGAAGGGAUUUAAGUUAAGAAGUUAUGAAGUUCUGAGUUAAGAUUAUGUAAAAGUAUAUGUAAGGAUUUCUAGAACUGCUUUGUCAAACUUUAAAAAUAGAGAAUACAGUAUAUGAAAUUAUUUUAGUUCCUAACUAUAAAUGCAUAGAGGUUGUAAGUAAUGAUUUCUUGCUAUAUACAUUUUUUCAGGUAUGAAGUGUAGAGGUGAAGCAUCACUUUAAACAGGUGAGGACACAAUUGUAAAGCCUGAAUAUACCGUAGUAGCUUUAAAAUAUGUUGAUGUCUUCAAACAUACAAGUUGUUAUUCAUGAAAGAAUCCGAGCUGCAUCCUGCUUCUUUACCUCAUCUAAAAAAGAAACAAGUUUUCUUCUUAGAUGUUCUUUCGGUUAAAUAUAAAUAAAUCAAUGGCCACAGAUGAAUAUUUGUUGUAAAGUUUCAGUAAUUUAAAUUUAUUAUGUUUCAUUUUUGAUAGGUGAAAAACCUGAUUAAAGAAGUGCAACACAGCCUGAGGAGAAACUAGUCUGAAAAAAGUCGAAACAUUUACACAGUUAUGACAUCUGUGUUAGAUCAUUUUGACUCACUCCUUACAGUUUAUGUCACUGUACAGAAUGUUAAGAAAAAACUAUUAUUAUUAUUAUUAUAUCAUAGAGGCUUAAACAUGUCAAAUCUUUUUUUUAAAUUAUAUUACUACAAAACUGGAAAAGAUAAAAUAGAUUUUUUUAGACUUAGAUUUUUAUUUUAUUUAAAUAAAGAGAAACAGUAAAAAAAAUACAGAUAUAAAAUUAAGAAAUAAAUUACAGUUUGGUCUGAACACAGAAACUCUACAUAUUCAACACAAUAUU